UGCACAGUUGAGCUAUUAGCGCUUAGCUGAACAAGUGUAGACAGAAGACAACAACAGCAGCAUGAUUGAGACUGUUGGUGUAGUAGGCCAGCUAUGGACCCCGAAAACAAGCAUCAAUGCUUGGCAACAAACGCGUGGAUUUUGCUGACUUGACGAAGAGACUGAUUUUAUUGCACAACGUACAGUAAGGUGCUCAUUGUUUCUCAAGUGUUUUAAAAAAUAUACUACUGCUGAGUUCUCGACUCGUGAAUCUCUAUGUGCGAGCGUCUUCCGGCGGGAGCAGCAGUAGCAGCGGUGCCAUGAACAGUGGACUCCCAGCUUCAGCUGUUCCGCUCGGGGGUGUCGGUAUACCCGGUGUGAAGGUGAAAUACUGCCGCUAUUAUGCGAAAGACAAGACUUGUUUUUACGGAGAUGAAUGCCAGUUUUUGCACGAGGACCCGUCCAUGGCGAGCCUUUCUCUGCACGGUGGUGGAGCUGGUACUGGAGGAGGAGGAGGAAGCCCCGUCUCUUUAUCUCUGGUCGGAGGAACUGUGACAGCAGCGGGUUACGCGCUUGGAGGCAGCGCGGCCAGCGGCUCUCCGGCGAACGCUCCCAAAAAGAGCGAUUCUCUCGGUCCCGCGGGAACGACUUUAGAUGGUCAGCUGUUGCCCAUCACUGGAAUGGAGGGAGGUUCUCUGAAUGAUGCCAGUCUGACCAACUCGUACUUCAGCAGCACCUUUAUUGGGGUCAAUGGGUUUGGAGGCCCUGCAGAGUCCAAGUAUUCAAUGAUGCAGAGGAUGACGAGCAGCAGCAGCUCUCCAAGUUUGCUAAAUGAUGGUGCCAAGAGCUAUAGCCACGGCGCUCAUGAUCCAGUCAAUUCCCCGACAUCAUCUCUCUUCAGUGAUUUUGGGGCUUUGAGCCUAUCACAAAGGAGGAAGGCUCCUAACCCCACAGCCAGUGAAUUUGUCCCUAAAGGGACCCCACGAAUGGCCUCCAUGUCUCAGACGACUGUGCCAGCGUUCGCCUCCCCCAUCUUCCCUCAUCCUGGCCUGAGCAGCUCCACUGCGGCUGCCCUUGCACCUGGUAUGUCUCUUUCGGCUGGGUCAUCUCCCCUUCAUUCCCCCAAGAUAACACCUCACACUUCCCCAGCCCCGCGACGACGCAGCCACACACCCAACCCUAUACCAGCCAAUUACAUGGUGCCUACUACUACGUCCGACCAGGGUGGUGGAGCUCACAUUAUUCAGAAGGAGACUGUGGGCGGGACCACCUACUUCUAUACUGAUAACACCCCUGCUCCCUUGGCUGGAAUGGUGUUCCCGACGUAUCACAUGUAUCCACAAACGGCACCUCAUGUGGCGUACAUGCAGCCGAAAGCCAAUGCGCCAUCUUUCUUUAUGGCUGAUGAACUCCGACAGGAGCUGAUUAACAGGCAUUUGAUAACAAUGGCACAGAUAGAUCAGUCUGAGAACCCUGGAGUGCCAUCUGAGGUAGACAGUUACCACAGCCUCUUUCCCCUGGAACCCCUUCCCCCUCCCAACCGCCUUCAGAAAACCAGCAACUUCAGCUACAUCACUUCCUGUUACAAGGCAGUCAACAGCAAAGAUGACCUGCCUUACUGCCUCAGGAGGAUACAUGGCUUCAGGUUGGUAAAUACCAAGUGCAUGAUGCUGGUAGACAUGUGGAAGAAAAUUCAGCACUCCAAUACUGUGACCCUUCGAGAGGUCUUCACCACCAAAGCUUUUGGAGACCACUCACUGGUAUUCUCCUAUGACUUCCAUGCGGGGGCUGAAACAAUGUUCAGCAGGCACUUCAACGAUCCGGCAGCGGAUUCUUUCUUCACUAAAAGAAAGUGGGGGCAGCAUGAGCUCCCCCCUCCACGGCAACACGCGGGCCUCUUACCAGAGUCUCUGAUCUGGGCCUACAUCGUCCAGCUGAGCUCAGCACUGCGCACCAUUCACACAGCUGGGCUGGCCUGCAGGGUCAUGGACCCCAGCAAGAUCCUCAUCACUGGAAAGACACGGUUACGAGUCAACUGUGUAGGAAUGUUUGAUGUCUUAACAUUUGACAAUAGUCAGACCAACCACCUGGCGCUUAUGCCCCAGUACCAGCAAGCAGAUCUCAUCUCCCUGGGGAAGGUGGUGUUGGCACUGGCGUGUAACUCUUUAGCUGGAAUUCAGAGAGAGAAUCUGCAGAAGGCCAUGGAGCUUGUGUCCAUCAACUACUCCUCUGACCUCAAAAACCUCAUUCUGUACCUACUCUCAGAACAGAGCCGUCUGCGCAGUGUCAAUGACAUCAUGCCCAUGAUCGGAGCACGAUUUUACACUCAACUUGAUGCCUCGCAAAUGAGGAAUGAUGUCAUUGAGGAGGACUUGGCCAAGGAGGUUCAAAAUGGGCGAUUGUUUCGCCUACUGGCAAAACUGGGAACUAUCAAUGAGCGACCAGAAUUUCAGAAGGACCCAACAUGGUCUGAAACUGGUGAUCGUUAUCUGCUGAAGCUCUUCAGAGAUCACCUGUUCCACCAGGUAACUGAGGCAAGCACGCCCUGGAUCGACCUCAGCCACAUUGUGUCCUGUCUCAAUAAGCUGGAUGCUGGAGUACCAGAGAAGAUAAGCCUAGUGUCGCGGGAUGAGAAGAGCGUGCUUGUGGUGACAUACUCUGAUCUAAAGCGUUGCUUUUACAGCACCUUCCAGGAACUUCUGGGCACCGCUAAUGGCCCGCUGUAGCGCCCACCCCUCCCCACAGGAGUGGGCUGGAACUGCCUGAAACCGAGCACAUUGCACUACAGCCUAGAACUAUAGGUGCAGAAUGAUGAUCUCACGACCAGGGCGGAGCCAGCUGGUUGCUCACCUUCAGUCAGAUACACUGUUCUGUCCAGAGAAGUCUUUUUUUUUUUUUUUUUUUUUUUUCUAAAGCAUAUUUCCUUUUACUUUUCACAACACUGCAGCUGAAGAAUUUAAUUAACUGAACUGGAAGCUGCGAUAUGACAUUUAUUUUAGACUCGGGAACAAUGUAAAAAAAAAAAAAAAAAGAGACUUCCUGCUUUUAUUUUUAACUUUUUUCUUUGGAGGAUGCACUAAAAAUUUUAAGUUCCUUUUUAAGUGAUUGUGUGUGUCGUGUCCCACAGGGUGCAUUGAGGACUGAGGCCUCACACAUGAAAAGGAAAAACUAGAAGUCAAAUAGAAAAACGAAUCAUCGUUUUCUACAUCAUCUCCUAAAUCAUUUUUAAUGAGGUACUGCAAGAUGCAUCAGACCACUGGUUGUAUUUUGGGUUCUUUGCCCAAAUCACUUUUUGCCUCGAUUCUCACGUAGUUGGGACAAACCACUGGGUUUGUCAAUGAGAGGUUGGGCAAAUUAAUGAUACUGACCACUUAUGAAUGUGUGGCAUGAGAUCUCCCUGUAAUGACUAAAUUAAAAAGUCAGUUGGGGGAAGGGAAGCGUUACUGAUUGUGUGUGGGGUGUCAUUUCACAUCAUUUGUUGGUGCUGACAAAGGGGUGCUCUCUGCUCUUGCUAUGUGAAAUGAUGCUGUUAAUUUGAGAGUUUUGCAACAUCCUUAUUAGUUUUAUAGAUGCUUUGAAAUGUGAUGCAAAAUUGGAAUUUGAGAGGAUGGAUUUACGUUGUCUUUUUAGUCAGGCUCUCAUGAUAGGAACCAAAGAACUGGACCACGCUAGCAAGAGAAACCAGUUCUGUCUCAUUGUGGAAUGUCCUCUUCUUAUGCCUCUGUUGUGGAGCAUCCAAGUUUCUGUCCAUUUCUCUUUCACUUUCUUUUCCCUUGCCGUGCUCCCUCGUUCAUUCUCUUCCAUACUUCUUUCUCUACUGUCCCCCCUUUUGUCUUCACACUAGUAUUGGUUUGGAUAUAGUGAAACUCAGUAAAGCUCUCUCGUGUUGUUACUGCCUUUCCAAAAUGUUGUACAGAGAUGCAUUACAGUAUGUUUGCAAUCUCGCCUCACUGGGGUGCGCUCUGUGGACCAAUCCUAGCAGGAUGGAAUGGGAGGAGAUUAGAUUGUAUUUGAUUUCUUAUUUUUCAUUGUUUUGUACAAUUAUGUGAUUGCAACGUGCUUCAGCUCAACCUCUGAUCUGUAAAACAGUUUGGAAUUCGCUCAGGAUGAUCCCUGAAAGGAAUAAGCCAAUGACUGAAUGUGUCUGACCUGUCAUUGGUGACUUGCCCAAUUUGUGAGUCAAGCUGCGGUGGAACGGGCAGGACUUGCAGCACAGAUUUGGGUGUGCCACACUGGACAGAAAAGGUUACAGGAGCUGCAGUGAGGAUGCUGUGAGUUGAAUAAUGUACUAUUGCUCCUUUUUUGCCUCUUCUUUUUAGUAUAAAAAUCAGUCAGUAAACAACUUUGUGAACAUGGUGCCAAGCACUUAUCCCCCUCAAAAUGACAUUGCAAGCACAGACAUGCACAUAAACGCACAUCAUUUAAAUUCAAAGCCAGCAUUGGCAACUUUUAUAUCAUGUACCCAGUUUCUUAUGGAAUGCACUCCUGUUAUAGACACAAACUCACACAUACAAUGCACUCAUACAUUACAUCCUCAACCAUCCCAGUAAGUUUUAUGCCCUAGUGUUUCACAUUUUUGCAAUAUUUGUGAGUACAGCAGUAUUUUAAUAAAGAGUAAUAAAAGAUAA